AUGUCACUCGCAGAAAAACACGUCAUCUUUUUCUUAGGAGGACCGGGAGCUGGAAAAGGAACACAAUGCGAGAAAUUGGUGAGCAAAUACCCCAUCACACAUCUUUCCGCGGGUGACCUUCUUCGUGCAGAAAUGGCGCGCGAGGGUUCUGAAUUUGGCGAGUUGAUUGACACCCUUAUCAAGGAGGGAAAGAUCGUUCCAUCACACAUCACUGUCUCCCUUUUGUUGAACGCCAUGAAGAACGACACACACAAAGUCUUUUUGAUCGACGGGUUCCCACGUAAUGAAGAAAAUAAAUCUUCGUGGUAUGCCCAAGCUGACAAGGCUGGCAUCGAUUCAGCCCUUUGUGUUUGCCUUGAUGUAAAAGAGGAGACUAUGAAAGCAAGAAUUCUGAAGAGAGCAGUCGACUCGGGAAGAACUGAUGACAAUAUGGAGUCGAUGAUCAAAAGAUUCAGAACAUUCAAAGAAGAGACCUGCCCCGUCAUCGAUUACUUCCAAUCAAUCGGAAAGCUCCUCAGAGUCGAGGGUGAAGGAACAGUUGAUGAGAUCUUCGCAACCAUUGACUCUAAAGUCUCAAAGUUCUUCUAA